AUCUCUGGUGCUCAUUUUUCUGAAGGAAAUAACCUCGAGAUUUUCCCCCGAAAUUCUCCGCCUUUUUAGGGUUUCUGAAGCCACCGGCUGAAGCAUUUGCAGCCAUUUCGCAGGGAUCCCAUCUGCCCUCCUGGGAACCCUGUCCCUCUAGUUCUCUCCCUCCCUCCUUUCCUCCUCUGGUUCGGUUUCGGGGGGAUUUUUCGGACCCUUUUUGUUCGAUCCCUUCUUCUCGUCGGUCUUCUCGAUCGACGAAUCCUUUCUGUAGUUUCUCAGAUCGGUUCCUUCUUCGUUUCUUCGUUUCUGUUUCUGCUGCUUUCGUUUCUUCUUUGUCUAUCGAUCGCCGGUGGAUCUCUUGUUCCCCUUUUCAUGUUAAGGAUUUCGAGACGCUUUGAUUCGGGGAUUUCUGUCCUUUCCUUUCUUGAUUCCUCUCCAUCUGUCAUAUGUUUGUGGCUUCCAUUUCCGGCUACGGGUUUUCUUUGUGAAAACUGAAGUUUUCCUUCAGAAGUCCGGCCUUUGGUGUUUCUUGGUUACAAAUCUUGUAGAUUUUCCUUGUUGUUUGGGGAGAUCUGAGGUGGAAAAUUUGCCCCUUUUGUUUGAUCUGCGAUCUUUGGUGUGAGAUCGGAGCUUUGUGUUUUUUGUUUCUUUUUGUGGAAAUUCUCUUCCCGGGAAUUCCAAUUUAGGUGUACGUCUUCGAAAGAUCAAGGGAAAUUAUGGCUCAAGAGAGCUGGAAGAGGGAGAAGGAUGAGACGGAUUGCAAGAUCCCGGAGGGUCUCAUCCUUUGUGUCAAUAAUUGUGGCCUCUUUGGUAGCCCUGCGACCCUCAACAUGUGCUCGAAGUGCUACAAUGAAUCCCUUCUGAAGAAACCCAAUCCCCCACCAUCUUCAACAUCAUCUUCAUCAGCAGCAGCAGCACCACCACCACCAUCAUCACCGUCACCGCCACUUUCAUCUACAUCACCAUCAGCACCGCAGACCCAGACGACACCAGCACCACCACAAUCAUCAUCCUCAACGGCUUCAUCUUCGUUUUCACCGUCUUGUCCUUUACCUUUACCAUCACAACCAUCUACGUCAGCUAUAGAGACGCCGGAAAAGGGUAUCCAGAAGCCGGAUUUGACUACGGAGGACCGCCCUGUGAAAACCAGCUCGACGGUUUUCCGGUGCGCCAGCUGCCAGAGGAAGGUGGGCUUGACCGGGUUCCGGUGCCGUUGUGGCGACCUCUUCUGCGCCCGGCACCGAUACUCAGACACCCACGAUUGCUCAUACGAUUACAAGGCUGCCGGAAGGGAGGCAAUUGCAAGGGAGAACCCUGUGAUUAAAGCUGCCAAGAUUAUCAAGAUCUGAGGUAUUCUUUGGCUUUUUCCGAGCAUUCCGGUGUUGCCUGCUGUUGCCGAUGAUUUCAUGAGACGAGGAUUAUGAUGGAAUUAUGGGCAUCAUGGUUGGUCUUCCAAGUUGUUUCUCAGAACCAGCACAAAGGGUCAAUGCUGACGGGCCCGAUGGAUCAGUACAACCAGGGAGGGCCCUAGUCGGCUGAUAGGUGCCUGGUCACGGGUUCAAACCUUUUUUGUCUUUGGUGAAGUUUUCUAGAGUUCAAUUCAGAGUUUUACGGUGUUGAUGAGCUUAAAGCAGCGUGGUCAAGUCUCUCACCCCAAGAGUAACUUGUUUGUGGAUACCAGAGAAGAAAGUAUAUGGAGGUCUAGAGACGACUGGGUCAUUAACCAAGCGUUGGCAUAGCGGAUUGCUCAAAUGUGGGACUCGUCAUUCAGAUAACAAUACUACCACAAACAAAAAGUCAUUGCACCAACCCUCUCCAGGAUCCUUUCUUUCUGCCUAAAGCAUGCUUGUGGAAGUCUUCGCGUUGAUUAAUAAGAAAUUCCAAGUCCAAUUAUAUCA